AUGAUAAAAAUGUACCAAUGGAAAAAAUUCAAGCGAGAUCUGCUCCCGAACCUUUCCAUUGAAAAGAGUGAAACAAAACUUUACUACACGAGAUCCAAUCUACUAAAAUCAACCUUCUUUUCUAUCUCGUUUCCUUCCUUCCUAUUCCAUUCUCAAAUCAACCCUCCAAAAGUCCCUUCCCGGUCAGGCGGCCUGCAACCUUCCUUUCUCUCUCAGCAGUGGCACAGCAGCUACUAGUAGUUACUUAGGGUUUCUGGGUGUGGCCCCAACUAUUAAAGCAAUGGAGGGAGAAGAGAUAUGUAUCACUUUGCUAACCGCAAAUCUUCCAUUAGCUGCGUAAUUUAUAUUUGCUGCCCUUUCUGAUCUAGAUCUCUGAAUUUCCAGAGAAGUUAGGGAGAUUAUCAUUUUUUAUUCCUUAAUCAGAAGAGAUUGAGAAGUCAGUAAUUAUAGGCACAGAUCCUGCAAGGGUAAUCUUUCCAUUCUAAAGUGUCGUGAGUGAAGAGAUUUUCUUCAAAUAUAAAGCCAUCAACCCUACUACCCUUUUUCUUGCAUUAAUCGCACGUAUAGCUUGUCUCGAUUAAAUUACUCGUCUUUUGAGAUGUUUCAUCUCCUACAUAAACACAAGUCCAAACCCUAAAACUAGCCAUUUCAGCCGCCCUGCUGAUGCUCCAUAGAUUUAUCUCUUGUUCUCAGAUCUCUCACAACUAAUUUCAUCCUUUGUACAAUUUGUUUGUUUUCUCUGCAUAUAUAUUAAAGUUUUAUUAUUCUCCCUUUAUGCGCUUAUAGAGCAAACUUCUCCCUACAUAAAAUACAUUAACUGAAAUCAAAACUCGGUUUAUUGAUCGUCCCUAAAUUGUUAUGAGGGGAAGGGGGAACAUGGCUUCGUCAUCGAAUUCUCCAUGUGCAGCCUGCAAGUUCCUGAGGAGAAAAUGCCAACCGGAAUGCGUCUUUGCCCCCUAUUUUCCACCGGACCAGCCCCAAAAAUUCGCCAACGUGCACAAAGUGUUUGGAGCAAGCAAUGUCACAAAACUACUAAACGAGUUGCACCCCUCCCAGCGAGAGGAUGCCGUGAAUUCCUUGGCAUAUGAGGCCGAUAUGCGUCUUCGUGACCCAGUCUACGGCUGCGUUGGGGUCAUCUCUCUUUUGCAGCACCAACUUCGCCAGCUGCAGAUGGAUCUAAGCUGUGCCAAAUCUGAACUCUCCAAAUAUCAGAACCUAGGCAUCACUGGCCAUGCCGGUCUAUUCGCUGCAGCGGCUGCUGCAGCCACAGCUACUACACACAAUCAUAAUCAUCACCACCACCAUCCUCAGAACAUUGGGAUCAAUCUAAUCGGAGCUGGCGGUGGGGGAAGGGACCACCACUACCACCACCAAUUUUUUCCCAGGGAUCAGCAGCAGAUGAUGAGGAGCUUUGAUACUGCCAACAACUACGAUGCAAGCCUUCUGGCCAUGAAUGUCUCUGCAAGUAUUGGACAGCUGAGUCAGUUCCAGCAACCCAGGGCUGCUGCGGGAGAUGACCGCCGCACCAUUGAUCCCUCUUGAUUUUCUGAUUAUUGCCUGGCCUGUACUAUUGAUGGAAUCAAUCAAACGAGAGAUGGCAAUUUUAUCUUCACUUGACAGCCGUUGCAUAGACAAAUUUUUCUAUGUCGAGUUUACAUAUCUCUUUACUUUUUCCCUCUUUCAACCAUCAAAAAUCAUCUCAAGGAAAUAUAUGUUUGCCAUGCCAAAAAUGUACUUGCUUCUCCAGCAUUACAGUAACACCAGUAGUUCGUGGGGUUUUCUGCCUCUUAAAAUGUGCCAUGGCAGGCAUGGACUGGUUUUGUUAUUUCCACCCUCUUGAAAUUUUCUCUUUAAACAGUUAAAUGGACAACAACAUUAUUUACAAUUUGAAGCUACAUUUUUCUUUUUCUUUUGUUUCGUAGUUGAUGCUUCAACCAUGGAUUAUUGUAUUUUGCUUUAUUUAAAUGAUGAACCUGCGUUAUGAUAUGGUUCGGAAUCCCAAGUAGAGCUGUUUGUGAGAAAUGCUUGAUUAAAUUUUUGCACAUAUCUAGAGUAAUUAGUGGAUCUAUCAAUUUUCUAGUAGAUCCAUUAAAUUUUUUGAAAAAUCUAGAUUUAGAUUCGAUAAUUUUCUUUCUUGUAAUUAAGAGAUGAAAAAAAAAAAACGAUAUAAACUAGCGAGGUAUAGAAACAAGUAAAUCUAACUAAUGAGUGAAUUAUACAAUGAGAAUAAUUUAUAGUCAGCCCCUAAAGUUUAGUAAAAUUCACAGGUUAAUCUUUAUUUUAAAUUUAGGUAGCGAUUAGGUCCCUUGAGUUUCAACUCCGUUAAACAAAUUGAAUUUUCUGUUAAGAUGAGGGCAAAGUUGCUAACGUCUUUUAACUGUGAUAAAUUUUUAUAAUGACAAAAAUGCCUUUGAAAGGCGGGAGUGGCCUGUUAUUUCCCUCCUUCAUCUGCAAAUUCUCAGCUCUCUCUCUCUCUCCCUCUACCUACCUACAAAGCUUUCCGCAUUAGUGCCUUUUCAGCUUCCUUUUCCUUUGUUUCCAACAAAACCGCCACAACCACAGGCAUUACUUUCGUCUUGAAAAUGCAGUAGUUCAUGGUCUCCACCACUUGAAUUUUUCUCCAUCGACGCGCUUAACAAGUUCCGCGUUCGGUUUUACCGAGGGUUUCGCUGAGCUGCUUCUCACUGUUAUUCAUCGGUCUAACCAUGGCCUGGACUGACAGACGCGAGCCGUUGCCUGCGAGUGCUUGCGUGAAUUGGAGAAGUGUUCUUUGAAUGCCGUCUAUAACAUCAUAAAACUCGUCUUAUUGCAUUCAUGAAUCAUGAACUUGGGGGUUGAAAAUUUGCCCACUCCAUGUGUUCGGACAUUUGCACACACAUUAGAUAUAUUAUUUAUAAUUUUGGCUCGAUGAUCUGUUACAUGCUGACAAUGGAUUCCUGCCUUUAAAACCCAUGUUUGCUCUCUGGUAUUGCUGGCCAUUUGUGGAGCUUGUGUCAAAGUGAGCGAACUCAUUCCUGUCAG